GUUGUCUGGUGGAUGUCCUGGUUUUUAUUCCUCUCCUCGUUUGUGGAGAGGAGAGAUCGGUUGUCCUCUCUCUCUCGCUCUAGCUUGAUCGACGCCGACACUAGGAAUUAGGCAGAGGAAGGGAAUUCCGGUGGGGAAUUCCUGUUUUGGUUUGGUGAUGGUUGUGGUUCGAUGGCUUACGAUGCUGGAGUUCAGAUACCAAGAGGGGUUGGUACGGAGGAAUCCAUGAUUUCGCCGUCGUUAGAUGAAGAUGCAAUGUGGCAAAUGAAUUUAAGACAGAAUGAAACUAUGGAAUCUGGUCAGUUUCCUGAGCGUCCGGGGGAGCCAGACUGUGCUUAUUACCUCAGAACCGGCCUAUGUAGAUUUGGAAUGACAUGUCGAUUUAAUCAUCCUCCUAAUAGGAAGCUGGUAAUUGCAACUGCAAGGAUUAAAGGAGGUUACCCCGAAAGAAUAGGGCAACUUGAAUGCCAGUAUUACUUGAAGACGGGAACGUGCAAAUUUGGAGCCACAUGCAAGUUUCAUCAUCCUAGAGACAAGGCUGGGAUUUCUGGAAGAGUUCCAUUAAAUAUGUUGGGUUAUCCACUCCGCCCGAAUGAGAAGGAGUGUGCUUAUUAUUUAAGAACGGGACAUUGUAAGUUUGGAAGCACUUGUAAAUUCCACCAUCCUCAACCUUCUAGCGCAAUGGUUUCAUUACGUGGUUCUCCGGGUUAUCCUCCUGUACAUUCCCCUACAACUCCUGGUCAGCAGUCUUAUCCAGGAGGAAUGACAAAUUGGCCCCUGUCCAGGACCUCUUUUAUUCCAAGCCCUCGGUGGCAAGGUCCUUCUAGUUAUGCUCAAUUGAUUCUACCUCAGGGGGUCGUACCAGUUCCAAGCUGGAAUGCUUAUACUGGCCAGCUUGGUUCAGUUUCAUCCGCAGAGAGCCAGCAGCUAACAGCGGGAGCCAGUCAGUUUUAUGGGAAUUCUCGCCAAAAUGACACGAGUGCAAGAGCACAAGGGACAUUUCCUUCAUACCGUUCUGGCUCUGUUGCCAUGGGACUUUAUGCAAUGCAGGGGGAGAAUGUGUUCCCUGAGAGACCUGACCAACCUGAAUGCCAGUUCUACAUGAAGACUGGGGAUUGUAAGUUUGGUGCAGUCUGUAGGUUCCAUCAUCCCAGAGAUAGGCUGAUUCCAGUUCCAAACUGUAUGUUGAGUCAUUUGGGCCUUCCAUUACGGCCGGGAGAACCCUUGUGCAUCUUUUAUUCUCGCUAUGGUAUCUGCAAAUUUGGUUCAAAUUGCAAGUUUGACCAUCCUGUGGGAAUCAUACCAUACAAUAUUUCUACAUCAUCCUCAGCUGAUGUACCGGUUGUUCGCCGCUUGUUAGGAUCGUCUUCAGGGAGUACUGGAUUGUCUUUGUCUUCUGAAGGGCCUGCUGAACCAGUUUCUGGAAAGUCAAGGCGACUUUCGCUUUCAGAGACACGGAAAAUGACUUCUGGAGACGAAAACAUUGAUGCAGAAGGAUCACACAACGCCUCAAGCAUUGGACCAGUUGCGUCCUAUGCUUAAUACUUUCGGAUAGAGUCGUCUGUAAAUUGAUUACUCAUUUCUGGAGAUGUACAGAAUUCAUGUUAAGUCGAAUCCGUGCAUCUGAAGAUGCAUUUUUACUUGACAGCAACAUUUGGAGAAUUUCACAUUGCUGCAUCAUGUAAAUGUGCACAUAAUGCCAUGUCUGGAAAAAGUAAAGGGAAAAAAUGGAAAAGGAAAUUGUGCACAUAGCAUCAUUCCAAGAGCCAAUAUUUCUGUGUCUCAA